AAACUUUUCAUCUUUUGAUGAACAUCAUCAACACCGGAACAGUUGAUAAUGUCGAAUUCUCGAUCCAAAACCUAAUCAAGAGUUGGUGCAGACGACGGAAAUGGAGGCAACUCUGCAACUUCUCCCCAAAACAACAACAAGAAGAACUCAUCUCUAUCAACCAACAAUGGAGAAUCACUUUAUCAAACUUCCUAGAGUCAUACCAAGUUCACCUUUUCACCAUCUUCUUGCUCUCUCUUGACAUCAUCUUAACGUCCCUCGAAUUAUCUUCUUCUCUGCUAUCCUGCACAUCAGUCAAGAAAACCGAAACCGAAAAUGAAUGGUUUCGUUGGGGAGGAACCGUGAUUCUGAGCAUUCUCGCCGUUAAAUCCAUGGCUCUGGUUGUUGCUAUGGGGAAGUCAUUCUUCAAACAACCUGGAUGUGUAAUGGAUGGUACUCUUGCGAUUGUAGCUCUGAUUCUCCAGGUUCUUCUUGAGAAGAAAGGAACCGGGUUCAUCGUGGUGGUGAGCUUGUGGCGGGUUCUGCGGGUUGUGGAGACUGCAUUUGAACUUAGUGAUGAAGCCAUUGAAGUGCAGAUAGAUGGAAUCAUCAGCCAGUUUCAAGCUCUUAGUAAAGAGAAUAGAACAUUGCUGGAGACUCUUGCAGAGAAAGAUGAAGUAAUUAAGAUGCUAGAGGAAGAGCUUAAUCGAUUCAAAGAAAACGGUGAUAUUCCAUUUGUGAAACCAUAGGGAGGCUAUAUAAACUCAAUAUGCAAAAUCUGAAAUUUUCUGUUGUAUUAAUAGAUUACUUUAAGCAACUAAAUCAAAGAAGUAACUAG